AUGACUACAAAAAUUGCAACUGUAGCCAAUUUGGCAUUUCAUGCAUUUCAACAGCAUUCAGUACGUGUUGCUAUUGGUGCAGCUUCGUCUACACCCCUUAACAAUGGAAUAAAUGAUUCUUAUCCUUCUUGUGUAAAUGGUAAUUCUACAGCUCAUCACCAUCAUCAUCAUCAACAUCAACAGAAUCAUACUUUGGAUAAAUCCAGUCCCCCGACAACAACAACAACACCAACAACAGGAGUGAAGCAGAAAAAAUUACCAGAAUCGCUGGAUCGUUUAUUAUCCUGUGUACGUUCUCUUACUCCAAGUGAUGUUGGCUUCAAUGUUCGAUGGAUUUCAGAUUCAAAUAUCUCGACUGCACCAGUCGCCUAUGUACACAUUAUGGAGAAUGAAGUCUUCUCUAUGGGAAUAUUUAUUCUACGACCUGGUUCACGUAUCCCCUUGCAUGAUCAUCCCGGGAUGUUUGGUAUAUUAAAAGUUUUAAUUGGAUCCGUUCGAUGUCGAAGUUUUACACGAUUAAAAAAUGUUAAAUCAAAUGAUUUAAAAGAUUAUAUACCAUCUUUAUCAGUAUUUAAUGAUUCAAAAUGGCAGUUGACUGAUUUAAUUAUUGCUAAACCACAUCAAGAUACUGUUCUCUCACCGGAUCAUUCACCUUGUCUUCUGUCGCCUGUAGAAGGUAAUCUGCACGAAAUAACACCAGUUGAUGGGCCUGCAGUCUUUAUUGAUAUUUUAGCCCCACCGUAUGAUCAUGAUUUGGGGACUAGAGAAUGUCGAUUCUAUAAAGAGGUGAUUAUCCCCCCAAUGAAUUCUAAUCCAAUACUAUCAUUACAUAAUAGUAAUAGUAAUAGUAAUAAUGGUCUGCAUAAUAAUGACCAAACUAAUAGUAAUAUUAAUAAUAGUAAUAGUAACAAUAAUAAUAAUCAUAUUAAUGAAGAGUCAACUUCAUCCACUGAUGGUAAUGAUCUCGAUCAAGAAAUCAGUUCAUCGUUGAACCAGUCUGAGAAAGAGUUGAACAAUUCAUCGAUUGUUUAUCUAGUUGAAACGAAUCAACCAUUAGAUUAUUGGUGUGAAUCUGCUGAGUAUAAUGGGCCAAGUGUUGUUUAG